UUUGUCAGGAGAGCUUAAUCGUGAAUCUGAUACAGUUACUUAAACUGCUAUAAAAAUACCAGAAUACAAAUUAGUAAGCUGAGCUGUGAGCUGCAUAUUUCUAGCAUCGUGUAGCCACCUAUUUUAGGCUACGUUUCAGUUCGAUGUACAGUAACCCACCAAGGGCAUCUUAAACCGACAUAGUGUCAUGGCACGAGUGGCUCACUUUUCCUUUUUGGGUUUUGAAGGUGUAGCCGCCUAGGUUUCAGUUACACACAUAAAUGCUACACGUUUUUGAUGCACGAUCGCGAGGUUUGCUCUUUAGUUGGCCGCUUCCACCUUCUUUUCUUUCUUGUUACCGCUCUGCUCUUUUUCUAUCUAACAAAGUUUAAUCCCUCACAAUCACAAUACCCUUAUUCAUUCAAUUCAAUUCUCACUUUUUAUCCGAUCCACCCAGAUUAUAUCAGACAUCAAGUAAUCCUUUUCUUUACUGGAAGACUUUGUUUAUCUCCAAUGGAACAAAAAGACAACAAAACCAAUGCUCCCAGGAAGAUGAGAUUUGCACCUAAAGCCCCGCCUCGCCGAGCACCAAAGCUCGAGGUUAAAACAGAAGUGGUUGAGGACACUGAUGCUGUUCAGGCGAGGGAUUUGCUGCAGCGUUUAAAUCAAACAUCGACAAAGACAAAGCCUAAAGUUGAAAAGAAAGUUGCUUCUUCACAAGUUGCAUUCGGUCAUGGAGGAGCAUCAGCUUCAAUGAAAUUAUUUGGUGUUUCCAAAGGUGCAAGUCGUACUAGCAGAGAAACUCUCAAUGGUGUUGUCCAUACUCCAGGCUUGAGAGAGGAGAAAGAAUACAAAGAACCGUGGGAUUAUUAUAGUUAUUAUCCUGUAACCCUUCCUAUGAGGAGACCAUAUUCAGGAAAUCCAGAGUUUCUUGAUGAGGAGGAGUUUGCUUCAGAGAACAUAACUUUUGAUGAAAAUUCAGUGGAGCCAGCAGUAGAGCUUGGUCUAAUGGAUGAGAAUUUGGAACCAACUAUGUUCUUUCUUCAGUUACCACCAACUCUACCUAUGAUGAAGCAAUCAGGAAGCACAGCUGGGCUUGAGGUCGAUAGCAGCUCAAAGCCAGCUGCAGGUGUAGGUUCAGUAAAGAAGACAUGUGGCUUAGAGGAGUUACCUGCAGGUCUCAUGGGUAAAAUGCUAGUGUAUAAAAGUGGAGCUGUCAAGUUGAAGUUAGGGGAUACCCUUUAUGAUGUGAGUAACUAA